AUGGACCGGGUACACGAGAUGUACCAGGACAUGGCACAGGACCACAUACACAGCGUGGUGGACUUUUGCACGGGGUCUUUGCGGUACAGUUCAAUAGUCGCACUGCUGGCCGCCAUCCUCGCGGCCAUAACAAGUUACAUCAUAUACCAACUCUACUUCCACCCCUUGGCAUCAUAUCCCGGACCUUUACUCGGACGACUCACACGAUUAUAUGAUGUGUACCACGCAUAUAUCGGCGACAAACAUAUCCUCUUCUAUCACUUACACAAGCAAUACGGCACGAUAGUGCGAUUCUCGCCAAAUUCCCUCUCAAUCAAUGACCCAGCAGCGUUGAAGGUCAUCUACGCCCAUGGAGCGAAUGUGCAAAAGUCAGAGUUCUACAAAUGCUUCCGAGCAGCACCACAGGCCAUUUCUACUUUGCUCGCAACGGAAAGGCAGCAUCAUGCCCGCAAACGCCGGAUCAUGGGCCAGGCCUUUGCGGACUCUGCGCUGAGAGGUUUCGAACAGUAUGUUGUUGGACAUGUAGAAGACCUGGUCGACCGGAUCGGAGAAGCGACCAAACAGGCUUCCUCAAGCACGAGCGGCGAGAAGCAAGGCUGGAGUUUGCCCAUGGAUAUGGCGAGUUGGUCUAAUUGGCUCGUCUUCGAUAUCAUGGGAGACUUGGUUUUCGGUCGAUCUUUCAACACGCUCAAGAGAGCAGAGAAUAGACGUGGGAUAUACUUGCUGGGAAGGGCGGCGAGGAGAAAUUACGUCGUUGCUGCUAUGCCUACGUUGCUCUACACUGGACUGGAAAAGGUGUUUCCCUUAUUGAGAGGGCUCUAUCUAGAUCGUUGUCAAUACCUCGCGUUUGGUAAGAAGCAGGUCAUGGAGAGGACAAAGGAAGGUGGUUUUGGUCAGCCUGGUAGUCCAUCAAUGGAGUCUGGCCGUCGUGAUAUCUUUUCCUUCCUGCUUCAUGCUAAAGAUCCGGAAACUGGCGAGGGAAUGCCCAUGGCUGAGUUGUGGAUGGAAGCAAACACGUUGAUCGUCGCUGGUAGCGACACAACUUCCACAACCCUGUCGGCCGUUCUUUAUUAUCUGCUUCAUAACACUCACACUCUCCGCCGUCUGGAGCAAGAAGUCAGAGGCGCAUUCUCUUCCGCCGAUGAAAUUGUCACGGGCAGCAAAAUGCAAUCCUGCACCUACCUUCGCGCUUGCAUAGACGAAACGAUGCGAAUGACCCCACCAGUCGGAGGAAUUCUUCCUCGAGAAGUUCUCCCAGGAGGCCUAGCGAUCCCAGCUUUAGGAGUGGACUUGCCAGCAGGGAUAGAUGUUGGCGUACCCAUCUACGCCAUUCAUCAUCAUGAAGAAUUUGUAACGGAUCCCUUUACGUUCGACCCUUCCCGCUGGCUACCUGUGGCAGAGGGCGAGGAGGCGCACAAACAAGACAAAGACGCCCUGAUGGCCGUCUGGAAUCCCUUUUCGCUUGGACACCGAGGCUGUCUGGGCAAACCUUUGGUGUAUAUGGAACUCUGUAUUGCCAUUGCCAGGAUGGUUUGGGACUUCGAUAUGCGAGUUAGUGCAGAGCAGUAUGUGAGCGAGUUUUUGAAGGAGGAUAUUAAACGGGGGAGGAGAAGGAAAGAAGAGUAUCAGCUGCUAGACUGGUUCAUGAGUUGGAACCAAGGGCCCUGGGUGGAUUUCAGGAGAAGAAGCAUGUGA